AUGUCAGAAGAAGGAAUUAUGUCUAUUAAUGCUCAGGCAAUUAAAAUUGAACCACCGGAAUAUUCAGUGGAAGAGAUAAAAAGCGAAAUUCAAGAUGAAAAUGGUGUUCUUGAUGCUAUUGUCAAAUCUGAACCAUGUACUGAGGAUGAUGAAACAUGUUUAGAAAGAUUUAUGAAUUCCGAAGUAUCUAUAAAAGAAGAAGUCAAACAGGAGGUAAUCGAGACAUCCCCUUAUGAAUGUAACAUUUGUAAUAUAUCAUUUGCAGAAUCACAUCUUUUAAAAGAGCAUAUGGUCAAUCACAUGCCUAAUCCUAGCCCUGAAAAACAACCCUUUCGAUGCAAUGAAUGCGAUAAGACAUUCACACAAUUAAGUAAUCUGAAAAAACACAUGCUGAUUCAUUGCGAAGAGCGUCGUUAUAAAUGUGAAAUGUGCAAUAAGACAUUCAAAGCAUCAAGUUCUCUGAGUAAACACAUGAUGAUUCACAAUGGAGUUCGUCCUCAUGAAUGCAAUAUAUGCCAGAAGACAUUCACACAAUCAAGUAAUCUGAAACGUCACAUGAUUAUACACAGUGGUGUGCGCUCCCAUGAAUGCAACAUAUGCAACAAGACAUUUACAGAAUCAAGUAGUCUGAAACGACAUCUCCUUACGCACAAUGGAGUGCGUCCUUAUGAAUGUGAAAUUUGUAAUAAGACUUUUACAGAAUCAAGUAGUCUGAAAACACACAUGCUGUUACACAAUGAAGUACGCCCCUAUGAAUGCAAUGUAUGCAAUAAGACAUUCACACUUUCAGCUACUCUAAAAAGACAUAUGCUGAUGCACAGUGGUUUACGCCCAUAUGAGUGCAAUAUUUGUAAUAAGACUUUCACACAAUUAGGUCAUCUGAACAGUCAUAUGGUGAUGCAUACUGCAGAACAUUCUCUUGAAUGCAAUAUAUGCAAUAAGACAUUUACAGAAUUAGGUGGUCUGAAACGACACAUGCUGACGCACAGUGGGGUUCGCCCCCAUAAAUGUGAUAUUUGUAAUAAAUCAUUCACACUAUCAUGUAGUCUGAAAAAACACAUGCUGAUGCAUAAUGGAUUAAGCCCUCAUAAAUGUAGUGCAUGUGAUAAGGCAUUCAUAGAUUCGGCUAAUCUAAAAAGGCACAUGCUGGUGCACGAUGGAGUACGUCCUUAUGAAUGCAAUAUUUGUAAUAAGACAUUUACACAACCAGGUCAUCGAAAUGGUCACAUGCUGACGCACAAUGGAGUACGCCCUCAUGAAUGCGAUGUAUGCAAGAAGACAUUUACACAAUAUAGUAAUCUGAAGAGACAUAUGGUUAUUCACAGUCACGACCCUCCCGUGGGUAAUAUAUCCAAGCCUGAUGAAAAUCAAUGA